AUGUCAUCCAGACCAUUUGAAAGUCCUCCUCCGUACAGGCCAGAUGAAUUCAAACCAUCUCAUUAUGCACCAAGCAAUGAUUUAUACAAUGGAGAGAUGCACGUUCGGCCAAUGCUUUCUCAGCCAGCCUACUCUUACUAUCCAGAGGAUGAAAUACUUCAUUUCUACAAGUGGACUUCUCCUCCAGGAGUGAUCAGGAUUUUGGCAGUUCUCAUUAUUGUCAUGUGCAUUGCCAUCUUUGCCUGUGUGGCUUCUACACUUGCCUGGGACACAGGCUAUGGAAACCCCUUUCUGGGAGGUGGUAUAGGAGGCUACCCUUAUGGAGGAAGUAGUGGCUUCGGAGGCUUUGGUAGCAGCUAUUCCUAUGGCUACGGCUAUAGCUAUGGAAGUUACACUGACCCCAGGGCUGCAAAAGGCUUCUUCCUGGCCAUGACGGCAUUUUGUUUCAUUGCUGCGUUGAUAAUAUUUGUGACCAGUGUUAUAAGGUCAGGAAUAUCCAGAUCAAGAAUGUACUUCUUGGUGGUGAUCAUUGUAAGCGCUAUCCUCGGCAUCCUAGUGUUUAUUGCUACCAUUGUCUACAUAAUGGGAGUCAAUCCAACAGCACAGGCUUCUGGGUCGAUGUACUCGGCUCAGAUAUAUGCUCUCUGCAACCAAUUUUAUGCACCCACGGCAACUGGACUCUAUGUGGAUCAAUAUCUUUAUCACUUCUGUGUGGUGGAUCCCCAAGAGGCCAUUGCCAUUGUACUGGGAUUUCUGGUUAUUAUGGCUUUUGCUUUAAUGAUAUUCUUUGCUGUGAGAACCCGAAGUAAGAUGGAAAGAUAUGACAAAUCCAACAUUCUAUGGGACAAAGAAACUGUCUUUGAAGAGCAGCCUCCUAAUGUAGAGGAAUGGGUGAAGAAUGUAUCUGUAGAUACACAAGAAGUACCCCCAGCUCCAUCUGACUAUGUGGAUAGAGUUGACGGUUCCAUGGCAUAUUCUUCUUAUGGCAGAAUGAAUGAGAAAAGAUCAUAUCUGGACUCUUCAUACAAAUCAACACCGACCCCAGAAGUGGCUAAAGUGCUUCCGGUGACUUCACCAGUGGAUGAUUUCAGGCAGCCUCGGUACAGUAGCAAUGGCAACUUGGUAUGUACAAAGAAAUCUCAUGGGAAAGGAAGGACAUCGAGAAGAGCUGACCAGGACCAUUAUGAAACUGACUAUACAACAGGAGGGGAAUCCUGUGAAGAACUAGAUGAAGACUGGGACAGGGAGUACCCACCAAUAACCUCAGACCAGCAGAGACAACUGUAUAAGAAAAACUUUGACACUGGUCUACAGGAGUACAAGAGCUUACAAGGAGAAAUCGAUGAAAUCCACAAAGAGCUCUCUCGCCUGGAUAAAGAACUAGAUGAUUAUCAAGAAGAAAGUGAGGAAUACAUGGCAGCUGCUGAUGAAUACAAUCGACUAAAGGAACUUAAAGCAUCUGCAGAUUAUAAGAAUAAGAAGAAAUAUUGUAAGCAGCUGAAAAGCAAAUUGUCUCAUAUCAAAAAGAUGGUUGCGGACUAUGAUCGACAAAAAACAUAAAGAGACAGUGACAAGAGGGUUGG